GAGCGCGUGAUCGCGCUUCUCCAAAACAAGCAAGAAGGGAACUGCCGAUGCAGUCGAACAGCUGAGCUCGCUCGGGGCAGGUUGCCGCACCUUCGACUAAAAGUGAAGCAACAUAGCGGCCUUGCCUGCCUUGCCUACGGCAACCGCGGCGCGGCGCGGCAAUAGCUAUAGGCGUAAGGUCCUAUAGGCGCGGCCGCGUCAGCAAUGUCGUCGGAGUGUGCGUACGCGCGCACGGCAGCAUGACCUCGUCGCGGACCGGCGCUGCUGCUUGCCGCGAGCUAGAAGCCCGCGCACGGAACGCGAUAACUGUGGAAACCCCUCUGGGCUACGCUUAUCGCGUACAGCCGUAGCGUCGCCUCCAGCUGGCUCUGCUGCGACGACCGCAUCGCGUCGCUUGACGCAGCCGCAAGCAGCUGCGAUGAAGCAAGCUGCACUCUCGCAUCCCCACGUGUUUUUAGCGUCGCGCGACUGAAAGAUGCGCGUCGUCUGCUGCGGAUUCUGUUCUGUUGCUUCGAGGCCUGGCCAACGUUGUUGGCCUUGCAACUGAGCGGUUGACUCGGCUUGGCGCACUGGAGCAGCGGCAUGGCGUUCCCGGUUUACUCACGUGGCGAGCCAGCGGGAUCGCCCGGCGUCUCCUCCGCAACCAGCGGUCCCGUCGUCACCACGGUGGACAUGUCCAAAGCGACGCCGACGACCGGCGGCAGCGGCGGCUGCGGUCGCGUGUACGCGGCGCUGGUGCUGUCGGGCUUGUUCUUCCUGGCCGAGAUCGUGGCGUCGCACGUGACCCACUCGCUGGUGCUGCUCAUCUACGCCUACCAGAUGCUGUACAACGUGCUGGCGCUGGUGCUGCUCGUCAUCAGCCACCACAUCUGCCAGGAGCGAACGCUGAAGAACACGUUCGGCUGGGCGCGCGUCGAGGUUCUGGGCACGCUGGUGAACAUGCUGUUCCUGAUGGCGCUCUGCUUCGCCAUCUCGGUGGCGGCCGUGCAGACCAUCGUGCACGCGUCGCACGAGAACACCGAGCCACACUACCCGAUGCUGCUGCUCUUCUUCGGCAUCCUCGGCCUGGCCGUCGACAUCGUCUGCUACAUCGUCAUCGGAGGCACCCGUGUCCGUCGCGGCUGCAACCUGCGCAUCGUGCAGGGCACCGAGGUGCAGGUGAAUUUCGUGGUGGGCACCGAGUCCGGCACCGAGGAGGAGGACGAACAGGCUCCGCUGCCCUGCCAGAUGCAGCUGCCCGACGAGCCGAGCGCCAAGCAGCUGCAGUCCCUGCUGCCCACCCACGCGCACGCUCACCACGCGCUCUCCGACGCCGGCAGGAGUUGGCGCUCGUGCCUGCUGGAAGCGAUGCGCACUUGCGGGGGUUGUCUCCUCGUGGUUGGCUGCGCAUGCGCCGUGCACUUCGGAGAGGGGGCGCUACCGCGCUACGUGGACCCAGUGCUGGCCGUGGUGGCCGUGGCCAUACUCAUAUGCACCUCCUACCCGCGCAUAAGAGAGUCGGGUCUCAUCCUCCUUCAAAACAUUCCGCAUAACGUCGACAUCGCCACGAUGCAGAAGAGGAUCAUGCAAGAGUUCCCGGCCAUUCUGAACGUGCACGAGUUCCACCUGUGGCAGCUCACCAACACGCACCUGAUCGCCACGGUGCACAUCGUGUUCGGCUCGCCCGCAGUGUACGCGUCUGUAGCUGACCGUCUGAACCGUUACCUGCACGAGCAGGGGAUCACCUCCACCACGGUGCAGCCCGAAUUCUGUCAGGAGACGCACACGGGCUCCCAGUGCAUCUUGCAGUGCUCGCAGGCCAAGCACUGCGGCUCGCUCACCUGCUGCGGCGGCCACGCCGCCAAGGAGGCCGAGCUGCGGCGACGAAACGCGGCCGCCGUUCAUCCCACGACGAACGGCGACGGCCUGCUGGCGGUGCCAGCCGGCACUGCGAUAAGCCCCUCCAGGGCGUCCUCGGUCAUGAGCCUGGACAGCCAAGUGCUGUGCGAACUGGGCGGACUCAAGGAGACCGACCUGUAGGCAGCAUUGUGCCGUGCCUGUUUGCUUCUCUUCGUGAAGCCUUUGGCGCCAUGCGCUGCAGAGGCGACAAAAUGCCCACCCGCCCGCCGAAUCGGUGGCAACGCUCAGCUGGGCAGCAGGAGAGGACACUGUGCUGGUACUGUUCGUUCUUUGCAGAUUGAAUGCAAGGAUCAAGAGGAUCGGCGGAUGUGCGGCCAUGCGGUGAAUUCCGCGGAGCGCCGUGCUGGAAGACGUCGGUGCCCGCAGGGCUGGCCUGUAUAUAGAGUCAUCGGUGUGGACGGCAUCAUCAGACCACGCAUUGAAAGCAGGAGUGUGUCAGAAGUAAAGGACAGCGCCGCGCGGUUUAAGUGCGGGUAUUGGACUGGUCUGAAGCAGCGCUUACCAUCGAAGUUCCCCCGGCGAUCAAGGAACUGCGUAUGGAUGAUGCUCACAGUAAUCGCGCUUUCAGUGUGGAUGCUAAUCCGCAGAGGUGGACCGGUGCCCGUUUAGUGUUGCACAGCUGCAGCGACGAAGGUCAAUCUGCGACAGCGUCCAUGGUCAACCGAAUGGGCAGUGUUAUUAUGUCACGAUUAUUGCGCUGCAUUCCGAACACAAGUGUUGCAUGUUCAACUGGUUCCUCCGCAACUGGUCAGUUAAACCGUGACGUAGUGAAGAUUGCGCGUUUUUGGUUGGCGAGCGUGGUAGUAUAUAGUCUAUAUAGUUUUGUGCCAAAACCUACAUUUUCGUUCAAUGGUUACCGCCAACUAGGGCCACAACGCGUUACAUCCGCGCUCACGCGGACAGAAUGGGGUCGAGCAUGCGUGCAGGCGCGCCGUACGCUUCACCGACAGCGCAAGGCAGCGCCGAGUCGUUAUAUAUCUGUGCAGCGUUGUCAAAGCUGUAGAUGCGGCUGAUGCCGUUCCAGCCUGACGAGGAGACGCGUUGAUACUCUGCACGAUUUAACCGCCGUGUAUGCUAUGCAUGUACCUGUUUCUCCAGUUGUCACUGACAAUUUCUAGUCUCGCAGGCGCCUUCCAACAUGCAUGAGCUCCCAAAUUGUUCCGCCUGCAUUACAUCGGUAAAGUUCGGAACACGCCGCCUUCGGAUGUGCAACUACUUUGUAUCGCUCUAUAGAACAGCCGGAAGUGAUAUUAGCGCUCCCAGUUUCAGCAGUUCUGCACGGAAUUGCCGACACCAAACGCGAUUCAGGAGGAGGAGCGGCCGCGUGGAAAUGGAUCUCCAGAGAACAUGCGUGAACUAUUUGCUCGCCGCGAUGGAACGGUGCAAGACCGAGGCUUCUGGUGUUCUUUUUUGUCCGAAGCGCAGUUACGCCUUCGAGUAUGUAUUUGUCGUGAUCGUACGGUAUACGGCCUUCGAGGCUGCACGAAUGCUGCCUUGAUGGCAACGCCGAAUGAUCGCCGCUAAUGCGUUGUGGAGCGGAGCAAGAAAGUAUUUUUUUUUUCUGCGUGUGUGUGGUUGUGCGUGUGUUGUUAAGAGCGCAUUCCUAUAGGUCCACUGUUCUGACGGUCAGCUUGAAAGCAAAGCCCCCCCCCCCCCCUCCCCCCACCCCGAAAAAAAAAAAAAAGCAAGGAAAGCCGUAAGGUAUAUAUGGAGAACUGCAUGGUAGAGUAUAUGUACAGGGUGAUCAUUUGUAAAGUUUUCCAGAAUUUUUAAAAAUCCCCUGUGGCCGGUGGCAUAAUUCUAGUCCUUCAGCUGAAAUAUUCUAGGGGUGGACGUCACUAGCACGAGAAAAUGAAACACGUAUUCAACUAAUUAACAAAAAUUAACUAAUUAUAACCUCUUCAAUAAAUACUUUACUGCACAUACUACAAUUAACAAAUUGUAGCCGGUGAGCUUGCAAGACGUAUUCACUUGGAAUUAAUUUCCAAGUAAAUUCAGAAAAAUUAAGAAAAGAUCACCCCGUAUAGUGACUAUAUAGAAUUAAGCAACACAUUGUUUGUUGUGGCGAACGUUAGUAAGUACGGUAAUCAAAGAUAAGCUCCUCAAUUGCGCAAAAUUCAAUGUAUAAUAUUUCAAGUAGGAAUUUUCGGGGACAUGUAAUUGUGUAACUGAAACCGCCCACCGCUGAACAGAUUCAUAUACAUUUCAUUUACAUCACAUUUCAGAGCGUUGCGUCGGGAGGGCCGGCGGGGCAUCGUACGCUGCGGAUGGCUCGCAAGUUGCGGGCUGCGUUGAACGACAUAUCGUGAAGCUAGAUCCACCUGAUGAUGAUGAUGAUGAUGAUGAUGAUGAUGAUGAUGAUGAUGAUGAUGAUGAUAACCACCUGCAGCCAAUAACAUUUUCCUCCUUCAUUUACAUUACACAUGAUCACUGGGGCUACUAAUAUACGGGUACGUUUCUCGGCUCCAAGGGACAAGACAAGCACACAAAGCGGUUGCUUUGCAUUCAUUCCAUGGCACAGUUGUGUUCCUUGUGGCUGUGCCCACGGUUUUAUCACACUGAAGUGCCAAAUCAAGAAAAAACGUAGUCUUAUAAGAUCAAAAAGAAGGAAAGAAAAGAACGAGGUACUACUGACGUGCGAACACGUGGCAGAAGCUAAUAUAAUAUCUGUUCUAUGAACAUGUCUUGUAAAGGUCCACUCAGCGUCACGCCUUGUCCUCUUAUGCGCUAACUGUGUUUUUAUACGGCCUUAGAUAACUCCCGGAAAGCGCUUCCAAGCAAGACGGGGAGAGUGCUGCAUGAUGUCGUCACGAAGAUGCGUCAGAGGUGGCGCUAAUUUUAGUGCAGACAGAAUAUAUUCUAUACAAGCCACUGGCGCGAACUUUCUCGGAAGACGUGAUUUACAUGAGGAAAGUCCUUUUAAGGUUACUCGGCGAAUGUUGAUGUCCAAUGCGGCAAAAAGCGAAGAGGAAGUGUCUGCUCUCUUUGCAUCUACUAUCUGUCACGACGCUCCAUUUUUUGCAAGCAUGCAGCUAGCUGAUGCAUAUAAGUGAGGGCUGAAGAAUUUAUUGGACCGAAGGAGUGGGGGGCGCAUUUGCUAAAAGCGUGCCGGUAACACUGUUUACGCCCUCUAUAGAUCAGUAGAAUGGAAACGUCCCGAAAGCAGGAAGCGAGCCGGAAGUGUACAGCGCGUGAUGAGAUACAACUCAAGAGUAUAUACAAACGCUAUCUCUAUGUCUACACAAUGUUUGUUUGUCAGACAUCGGAAGAGCCCUUUCAAACUUCGUGUAUAGGCAUUGUUCGUGACGGAAACCUUGUUCCUGUGGGCCCUGGUCAUUCUCCAAAUGCAGCAAAAGCUCAGUUAAAGAAUAAGUGUCCGCUGGGCGAUUUUUCACUGAAGCGUUUGUACAUAUAUAUAAAGAACUGGUCUCAUUGUGUCCGCAGACUCGAACCUUCGUACUCUCGGCAUAGAAAAACUCUACUUACGCCACGGUACCCUGAGAAUCAGCGCAAAAUCUGCGUCCGUGUGCUAUAAUUUAUGAAACCAAAUAGUCGUACGCCAUAUUGGUCAUUUGCCGAUGUUUUCAUGCUAUAUACGCGGCCAUGGGAACACAGGCCUACUGCAAUGAUCUAGGUUGCAACGCUGAAGAGUUCUACUUUCUGCUACGGUUACCUGAUAUCUCUCGGAGCUCUAGUUGCCAAAUACUAGUAAUGACGUCGACUUGCGUACCUGCGAAUGAGUGCAGUGUAUCACUUCGAUUAAGUGGCAUAUAUGUAACCUCAUUGUGAGGGCCGUCGCUCGCGCCCGAGUGAAACAACAAACGCUACCUAAAAUUCCCACUGCAACAAAUACACGCCUUCAAGCGCGUCAUUUUAAAAAAAGCAAAUGGCUUUCUAAAAGCGUUCGACUUACCUUGACAAUCAUCGUCGAUGGAUUCUGCACAACUUUCUCCCUCGCUAUCUCUUUAGAAAUACAAAUUUUUGAAAGCGAUUUUGGGCUCUGUGUAUCGGUACAACUGUCCCCAAAGGUAUAUGUGCUGCUUGUUUCGCUCACAUGUCAACCCAGCUGUAACUCACUGGACACAAGGUGAUCGCUUGCUCCAAACUUGCGAGCCCUGAACCUGUGGUGUUCUGCGGUUUUAGCAAAGAUAUGCGUUCAUGCUUGUACGCAUAUAGGAUCAUCAGGACAUUCUUCUAUAGCGGAAGUUGUGCGCUUGACUACUACAACAAUUUAUUUUACGAAGUACGAGUACAUGAACUGCUGUGUUACCUGGGAAAAGCUGCUGCACUGAAGCCCACCAAUGUUGUUUCUUUACUUACUUCGUUGAUAGAAGGUUUACAAAGCAAGAAAUUGUGGGCGGCUUUUCUCGGACGAGCUUUCGUACGAAAUUCGGCGCUCUGACGCGCUAUCUUGCCACUUCUGUAGAUCGUUGUCAGCGCUUUGAUUUCACUCAGGGUCAUAACCAUAGGCGUGAGCAGGACAGAGUGGGUGUAGGGGGCAGAGAGGGGCCAGAUCUCAUGGCAACUCCCCACUCCGACGAUUCAUGGAGGCGUAAAACUGCCGAGCCAAGGCCGACCCAGUAUGGAAAACAUGAGAAUUGGACGCUGAUGGGGGGGAUAACUCAUGCCCUUACAUGCGCAGAGGGAGUAACGGUGUAAGUUAUAAAUUUACACCCUUAUUCACAUUUAAGGGUGUAAGUUAUUUUGCAGUGUAUACCAAGCGGCACUGAAAGACUGAAUUGUCUUUCGCCCUACUUGCUGUGUAGGGAGGGUAAUUAACUGUCGCUGCAUGGCAAAUGUGGCUCGAAAAGGAGGUGAGGGCUGUAACCCUUUCCCCAUGGACACGUGGCCACUUGCCCAUCCCUCUCUCAACCGUGCGCGCGCCUGUGCUCAUAACAUACUUGCCGAGUGUGUCUUACGAAGUUAUGCGUGUUUUCGGCGACACUUUUUGACUGUAAAAGCUUGAUAGCAGGACGCUUUUGUAUGUGCAGUGCGUCUCGAAAUCGUCCCAAAGAGGCGGCGUUCAAGGUGCCUGUUGCUUUCAAUGAAACGCGUUUUUUUUUUUUUUUUUUUUUUUUGCUAUUAAUUGAUGUCGACGAGCCAACACAUACGGUUUUAAUAAGCGUUCUGCUCAACUUUGCGCUGUGAUCAGUUUGAGGGCGGAGGAGAGUGCCCUGUACGUAUCGCUGAAUAAAGGAAAUAUCGAGUUUUAUU